AAGAGGAUAGAGCGCAAACAGAACAAGAGCGCAACUGUCACUCCAUUGGAGAACAGCAAGGAGGCCAGCUUCGGUUCAUUGGUAGAGGAAGGAGAGAGAAGAAAUGGGAGGAAUCCUCAUGCAGCAUCACCAAAUCUCUCCCAGUCCUCUGCGAAAAGCCGCCUUCCCCGGAUCAUUUGCUCUCCCAAGAGAUUUUGCUCUCCAUCGCGCUCCACUGCGGGGUUCUCUGCCCUGCUCAUCUUCCCUGACGGUCAGAUCCGAAGCCAACGGGUAUCCGCCUUCAAGAAUGGCGGUCAAGAAGCACAGCAAAGAAGAGCUCAUAGAGUUCUUCAGCGGCAUCCAGGCCGCCAUUACCAGGGACUCGCCCAAGGCGCCCGGGAGGACGAGGAAGCCGUCGUCGCCGGCUGGCACGCUCCAAGAGGCCGGCAUGAAGCUGCAACCACACGAGGGACUGCACCAAGACGGGCAGCCAAAUUUGGAGGACAUGAAGGUGCCCGAGCUGAGGGACAUGGCGAGGGUGAGGGGGAUGAGAGGCUACUCCAAGCUGAAGAAAGGGGAGCUCAUUGAUCGUCUGAGGGGGUUGGCCUGAUAGUUAACAAGCCUUCCUCUCCGAGACACGAACAGGCAGAGUUGAUCGAACCGGUUCAGCUUACAAUCGACUUUUCUUGCGCCUGUUGUUUUCUUUGUUAGAAAUCUUCGAGAGGGGAGAAGCUCUGCAGUUCAAUUUUAGUUAUGUAUAUUGUUGGUUAAUCAGCUUUUAUCUAUUC